UGGAGAGCAACACAGAGUUUGUGUCUCUUCUAGGCUCGUUGUGGGGUCUGAUAAUACAUAUAUAUAUAUACGACUUGCUUAAAAAAAGGUACCCGAAAAUGGAUCGAUCCAGCUUUCUUGGGAAAUACUCGGCCGUGUUUCUGUUGCUCGGCGUCUGGUCGGUCGUGGUGGUAGCUGCCGAUCCCGUGGACCAUGGUGUGUAUUGCGUUGAAAGAAAAUCACGCACGGAGACCAGCGACGAAGAUUUCGAUACCCAAGUAGCACGGCGUUCCACAGGCGCCGGCGUUGCCCAGGCGAAAGACGCCAAGCCCAACAGCGGUCCGACCGGCGAAGGUCAGCAGGACGACGAAUCCUACCGUAGAUUUUUGGUCAACGCUCUGAUGGGCAUGAAACAGCAACAAUGGGGAUGGGUUGGCGCGAGCACGAACACCCAAGGGCAGCAACCUCAGCAACAAGUCUACAACCAAGCCCCCCAACAAGUCCAAAAACCCGUGUACAACCCGACCCCCCAGGUACAGCAGCCCGUCUACACCUCUCCCCAAGUUCAACAGUCUCAGCAACCCGUCUACAACCCUCCCCAGGUGCAACAACAGCAGCAACCGGUGUACACGGCCCCUCAGGUACCGGUCCAAGAUCAACCGUCCGCACCCCAGUUGCCCCCGCCCCCUCCUCCCCCUCCGACCCAGGCUCAACAGGUGGGUCACCAACCACCGUCUCCGUCUCCGCAACAAGCGCCCCAGCAACCGCAAAUUUCGUCUUGUCCACAAUAUUCCGUGAUGCCGCAGGCUCCUCCACCACCGAUGCAAUCUUACACCGAAAAGUUUCCCACCCAGUACGGACAAUGCGUGACGGUCGUUCUCCCCAGCCCCGUAAUGGGAGGGUACAAAACCAUGACGUCCACCGCGUCGAACGCCGAUGAUACCAACAACGCUAUGCAACAACCAUGCAGAAACGGAUGCAGCUCGGUGAGCAACGCUAUUCGAACGCUGCACCCUCCCCGAAGAGGGCAGUACUACUAGAGACGGAUGGCUCUCGAGGUCGAAAAUUAUCCGCCAACAGAUCGGCAGCGUAUGAUUCACGUCCUUGUUGCAUGAUGUAGAAUAAAAUAUUCUCAACCGAUGGAAA